UGUUGUAGAGUUAAUGAAAGUUAUCAUGAGCAUUGUUAUGUUUAAAGCAGAUGUCUUAACAAAUGUCAGUAGACCGGGAAGUUUAAUUAACUAUAACUGAGAAUUAAAAGUUCUGUCUGCAGACAGAAGACUAUAGUUAACCAGUGUUAGUAAUGGGAAUGUUUCUGAUAAAUGUUUGUUAUUAUUAUUUUUUUCUAACAUGGGCUGGGCUUGCUUGUUUGUCUCAUUUCAUGAACACAACUCCCUAAACAACUGAUGGCAAACUUCCUCCAUUUAGUUAGCAAUGCCCAACUUCCUACGAUCCAAUCAGCUUUCAAGUAUGAAAUCAAUUCCCGCCCUACAUUUUUUUUUCUCAUUCCUGUAGCCAUUUCACUCAGAGAAAAGGGAAGAAAAUACUAUCCCAACUUGUUUCAUGCUUACUUUAACAUACUACAGUUUUGUUCAUUGUGUUGUUUCUAAUUUUAUGUUGUAUCAUAGUCUCUCUCUCUCUUUGUGGUUCCUUUAUGAAAUCAAAACGUACAAUUAUUUUCUGAUUGUAAAAUAUCGGAGGAAGAUUUGUUAAUUGUGUUUUAAAUAAAUUCUACCUUAAAAGUGUAUCUCUCCAAGGUGUAACAGUUUCUCGUGUUGUUCAAUCAAUUUAAAUGUCUAUUUAAAAUAAGAGUUCAUUCAGAAUUACACGGCACUCUGGAGUAAGCCUACUUGGGAUCAGGGAUUGGCUGUCGUCGUGGAAACACUCAUCCGGGUAACUGAAACCAGCGCUACGUUUGUGCUUCUCAUAUCACACCGCUCUUGUUUCAUACAAACAAAACUGGCGCCAUCUUGCGUAAUCAAUCGCUUUAUCUUGUGCCUUACCUGCCCUUGUUCUACUUUUUUCUUCACGCAGCUCAACAAAGAAGAUAAGUUUUCUUUUUGCAUACUGUACAUUUAUUAAAGUAAAAUCUGAAGAAAAUGUUUAAACAAUGUCUCGACACAAAGCAAUAUAUAGUAGAUGAGUAGAGAAAUAUAAAUGUUAAACUGUCAGUUAAGAUCUAAAAAUUACCAGUGGUCUGUUAUUAGUCAUUAAAGUUUCAGACAAAUGUGAAAGGGGAAGUCCGAGCCUGUUUAUGGUAUAAAGGUUGAUUAUUGCAUAUACCAGAAACAUUCAUUUCUCUUGGCUAGCAAAACAUUAACAGCUGAAAAGCUCAGAGGACACACUCUCUAACUAAGUGGUGAACAAUACUGUUGUCUAUUUCAGUGUUGAUCAUUUACAGGUGAGCAGCAAUAUGGACAACAUUUUUCAUCUUUUUCUGCUUUCGCUUCCAAUAGCUGCUCCAAAAGGAUCUCAUUCUUUGUGGGUGCUUGCAACGUACAUUAAAGGACAAACGCAGUUUCCUGAAUUUAGCUAUGUAGUGAUGUUGGAUGAUGUCAGAGUUUUGUACUAUAACGGUGAGACGAAGACUCUCAUUCCCAGAGGAAAUACAACAACUGAAGAAGAAGUGUUCAAUCCAAAUGUUCUCCUCACCAUAAGUGACAACAUACAAUCAUCUUUUAUGGAAAAAUGGGUAGUAGCAACAAAUAAUAUAAAUAAAACUUACAGUGUUCUUGCCCUCCAGAGGCUGGUUGUGUGUGAACUGAGGGACGACGGUGAACCGGGACAAAUGAUCACACGGGAUGCUGUCAGAGGCUCCACCACUGAUGAGUUGCUGUAUGUUGACAAGAACUUCACAUACCAGGGGAAUUUAAACGUCUCAACCCAAGUGCUGAAUCUCCAUCUUAAAAUCAGCAUGUGGAAUCAUGAACAUUUAUACCAGCCGUUUUGCAUCAAAACACUCAAGGGUUACCUUGAAAAAAGGAGAAAUCAAGUCAAUAUAAAAGUGAAACCCAGAGUCAGGCUUCUCAAGACAGAACUGUCUUCUGGGUCUCGUGUGAGUUGUUUGGCGACAGGAUUUUACCCUCGUCACAUCAACCUGACCCUGUUCAGAGAUGGACAGCCUGUAUCUGAUCAUGAGAUCACUGGAGGAGAUCUGCUGCCCAAUGGUGACGGGACGUACCAGAUGAGGAAGAGUCUGGAGAUCAGUGCAGACAAACACAAAUACACCUGCUCUGCCACACACCUCAGUCUGGACAACAAACUGGACGUCACUUUGGAGUAUGAUCACGGGGAACCAUUUAAUUUGGUGAUUCCUUCAGUUCUGAUGGUUUUGGCUCUGAUGUUGGUUAUAGCUGCUAUAACUUCAUGGAAAAGACAAUGUGCAGGAAAACUAACAGAAACAGUUUAUAACAAAACAGAAGGUCCUGUAGUUUUACAAAUACUGAGGCAGUGUGAAGUGUUGGACAAUGACAAACCCGGGCAAAUGAUCACUAAGUUUGCUUUUGAAGGUUCUACUACAGAAGAAAUGCGUUUUAUUGAUGACACAUUCACAUAUCAAAGCAUAGAAAAACAAUCAACAAUAUAUCUGGAGAUGCACAAAUGGCGCUAUGUAAAUAUAGGAUACCCACUCUGCACAACAAAUCUCAGGAAUUACCUUAAAAAGAGAGGAACUCAAGGGAAAAGGAGAGGGAAACCGCGAGUCAGACUCAUUCAGAAAGCAAACUCAGAUUCUGGAGGGUUUCGUGUGAGUUGUUUGGCGACAGGAUUUUACCCUCGUCACAUCAACCUGACCCUGUUCAGAGAUGGACAGCCUGUAUCUGAUCAUGAGAUCACUGGAGGAGAUCUGCUGCCCAAUGGUGACGGGACGUACCAGAUGAGGAAGAGUCUGGAGAUCAGUGCAGACAAACACAAAUACACCUGCUCUGCCACACACCUCAGUCUGGACAACAAACUGGACGUCACUUUAGAGUAUCCUGAGGGAGAAUUUAAGCAGGUGAUUUCCUCAGUGCUUGUGGUUUUAGCAUUGGGGAUUGUGUUAUUUACUGUGGUUGCUAUUAUUAUAUGGAGAAGAAGGCGUUAUUCAGCUUCCUAUACAUGUGACUACUCCUCCACUUCUUCAACUGAAGACAACGUGGAUAAAACAUGAUUAGGUUUAUGGGUAACUUAAAUGGGCAAUAAUAUAAAGUACAGAUAAUAAUACAAUUAUCAAUGGAAUUAAAUGGCUUAGAUCCCAUAGCAUUACUCUUGUAUAGGCCUGUCAUUAUAUUUCAGUUAUUUGUCUGUAUUUAUAGCCUUAUUGUAUAACGUCAACUGACCAGUGCUUUUUUCAUUACAUGGAUUGUCAUUAAUAAGUCAGAUUUAAUCAUGGUGAAAUGUGCUAAUUUUAUCACUACCCACACGAAAGGAGUGUCUUAAUGUGCAAUUUAACAUGUUUGUUUGCAUCAAACUGAAAUAUAUUGUUAUUUUAAACAAAGAGAAACUGCCAUUUUUUCAAGAAACAAAUACAGUAACAAGUCACUGUGUGCUACAUGUAAAAAAAGAAUUGCUGGUUGAACUUAAAGUAAGUUGUUGCCUUAAAAUUGAGUUCAUUGAACUUAAAAAAUGACUUAAUGCAAUGAAGGUGAUUUUAAUCAACUGAAACUCAAAAUAUGUUAUCCAAACCACACUAAUUAUCUAAGUUGAUGUGACAAAAGAAAAAAUGUUGUGAUAACAAAUCAUGAAAAUAUUUUUUUACAGUGUACAUAAUAAAAUGUAUAUUUCAGUGAAUAUGUUUUUCAGGAGUCUACUGAAUGGCACAUCAGGUAGAAAGUUAAAAUGCUCUCACAUUCAAAGAAGACAUAAUGAUAAAUGAUGAUCAACUGAAAACGACAACAUCUUGUUUUGACCUGUGUGUUUAAAGUUCAUCUGGCAUAACUGACAUACUCAGAUGUUCACUGAUCAUUUUCCAGGAAAUAAAACUUACUUUGUUACCGGACUCAUAAACUCAGUGUUGC